AACCUGUAGACAAGGAUGUUGCUCAGACGUCGAGGCCAGAUUGAGGAGUCGGGGACCUCGGUCUGGCGCUGUAACUUCGGGCAAAAGCCCCGCCCUCUGCAGAGACCCGCCGCGGGACGCCUUCCUUUCCCUUCCCACUGCGGAGGGGAAGGGGGCGGGCCUUUCGGGACGGCGGAACCUCGGAGCCGCAGCCCCGGACGUUGCGUGGCCGGGGGGACGCUUUGCUCAGCCCACCGCGCGGUGCCCUUCACCUCAGCCGAAGGAGGCGUCGGCGGCCGCGGUACCGGCAAGAUGAGCCUCAGGAUCAAUCCCGUCCCCAUGCAGUUCCUGCCUGAUGAGGCCCGGAGCCUGCCGCCCCCGAAGCUGACAGACCCGCGCAUCCUCUACGCGGGCUUCAUGGGCUACUGCGCCGGGAUGUUGGACAACCUGCUGCACCGCCGCCCGGUGCUGAGCGCCGGAUUACAUCGCCAGCUCCUGUAUGUCACUUCAUUCUAUUUUGUGGGAUAUUAUCUUAUUAAACGCCAAGACUUUAAGUAUGCUCAAAGGGACCGUGAUAUGUUUCAGUAUAUGAGACUGCAUCCAGAGGAUUACAAAGAAAAAGAAAAGAAAACUUAUGCUGAAAUUCUUGAAGACUUCCAUCCAAUUCGCUGAAACUUCUCCCACUGCCUGCUUUUAUCUUUCCCAAGAGCUUUUGUUAUUGAACUUAAUAGGAUGUAUUUCUAAUAUAUCUCAGAUUUAUGCAUAAUGAAAAAAAUUACGGUCUUGUUAUUAAAUGAGUGACGUGAA